AUGGUUGGUAGAAAUCUCUCGGUGUCUGCCCGGGAGCAGCAGAAAGCGCUGGAUGACGCCCUGGUGACCAUCCGGCAGCAGAUAUCACUCAUGAAGAAGUGUCUGGCCACCAAGAACAAGUUCAUGGACGCCCUCAAACAUGCCUCUACGUUUUUGAACGAGCUCCGCACCAACGUUCUUUCUCCAAAACAGUACUACGAACUCUACAUCAUGGUGUUUGACGGCCUAGAGGUGUUGGCUCAGCACCUGAAAACAAACCAUCCCAACGACCAUCUUGCCGAUUUGUACGAGCUGGUGCAAUAUGCUGGCAACAUCAUCCCACGACUGUAUCUCAUGAUCACCGUGGGAACAGUGUACAUGUCAAUUCCGGACUCGCCGGUCAAGGAGAUCAUGAAGGACAUGAUGGAGAUGUGUCGCGGUGUUCAGCACCCGAUCCGAGGUCUUUUCCUACGGUACUACCUGUCCCAAAGGACCAAGGAUCUCCUGCCCACAGAGUUCAAGUCGAACAAGGACGAGUCCAUCGGAGACUUGACAGACUCAAUUCAGUUCAUCAUCACCAAUUUCGUCGAGAUGAAUAAGCUCUGGGUCAGACUGCAGCACCAGGGUCACUCCUCCGAGCGAGAGAAGCGCGUUGCCGAGCGUAAGGAGCUCCAGAUCCUCGUUGGCUCAAACCUCGUUCGUCUGUCCCAGCUGGACAACAUCGACAAGACCUACUACAAGGAACACAUAUUACCGACCUUGCUCGAACAGAUCAUCCAGUGUCGGGACGUGAUAGCACAGGAAUAUCUACUGGACGUUAUCAUCCAGGUGUUCCCUGACGAGUUCCAUCUGGCCACUCUGGAAGACUUUUUCAAUGCAACGUUGAAUUUGAACGACCAGGUAAGUCUCAAGACGAUUCUGAUGACUCUGAUCGGCCGUCUGAUCGACUUCAAACAGCGUGAGUCCGACACAGACUUCACAGAGAGUUUCAAAUCUCUCAACCUGGAGGACAUUUUCGACAAGUUCAUCGACUUCAUCAACAAAAUCAACGAGCUCAAGCCAGAUCUGCCUAGUGAGGACUUCUGUGUGAUCCUGGAAGGCAUUUGCAAGCUGUCGAUAGCAUACUAUCCCGAAAACUUUGACAAUGUCAACUGUAUAUACAAAUAUGCUGCUGAUAAGUUCAAGGAGGUUGGAACGGGGGAAUCAUCUUCGCAAGAACAAUGGAAAUCGUUGUUGUUGAUUCCGAUGUCAAGCUAUUCCAGCAUCAAGUCGAUUCUCCGUCUGGACUCGAGUUAUCUGGAGUUUCUUGGUCUGCAAAAACCGUCAGUGAGGAAAUCGGCUAGUCUGGACAUCAUCGACUGUCUGUUACUGAAUGAGGUGAAAUUGACUACGGAGGAGGAGGUCCGCAAGAUUUUGGAAAUACUCAAGAACCUCGUCACUGCUGAGGAAGACCCUACCGUAAAGGAUCUUGGUCUCACGUCGCCAUCGCACUCGAGCUCCGCCAUCUUUGGAAUCGACUCCUCUCCAGACGAAAAACAGGACUCGCUGGAGGUGACCUUGCAGCAGGAGAAACUGGCCAAGUUCCUUCAUCUCAUCUACAACAUCGACCCAUACAAACACUUUGGGCUGCUUGCCGAGUCGAAAAAGUACUUGAGUCUGGGCCAGAACAAAAUCAAGUACACUUAUCCGACGCUUGUUUUCAUUGUUCUGAAACUUGUGAGAAAGCUGAACCUGCUCAAGAAGGUCGAGACCAAGGAACAACGGGUGCAGAUCUCGCAUCUGUUCCAGUUUGUCUCAGGAGUGAUUGGCGAAAUGGGUGAACUCAACAUAGCUCCAAUACUCAGACUGAAUCUGAACCUGGUGACUGCACAGCUGGCAGACGAAGUGUCGCUUGUUGAUGUGGCGUACGAUUUCUUCAUCGAGUCGUUCCUGAUCUACGAGCAGAGUCUCGUGGACUCGCGGGCGCAGUACCAGAGCCUGGUCAUCAUUAUUAACAAACUGAUCGAGUCCACCAAAAUGAUCGAGUUCAACGUUGAGAAUUUCAACAAACUGAUCACCAAGUGCACGCUGUACGGGUCGAAGCUGCUCAAGAAGACUGACCAGUGUCGGGCCGUGUACCUGGCGUCUCAUCUAUGGUGGAUCGUGAAGGAGAUCGACGACUCAAGCUUGUCGCACAUCUCUUUAAAGAAAGACGAAAAACGGGUGCUGGAGUGCUUGCAAAAAGCUUUGCGCGUGGCAGACAACAUUCUGGACGCGCGGGCGUCGCUGGAGCUGUUCAUCGAGAUCCUCAACCAGUCGCUGUACUACUUUAUCCACGGGAACGAAAUGGUGACUGUCAAGUACCUCAAUGGACUCAUAGAGCUGAUCGACAGCAACUUCACCACCGCUCAAAAAGAAUCCGCAACCGAUCGGGCGGCCCUGGAAACAACACACAAGCAUUUCGCCCGCACAUUGAAGUACAUGAACGAGCAACGCGCGAUCGACGACCGGUUCAAAGAGAUCAAACUCUCUAUCGAGUGA